AUGGCGGCGCAUCUUUUGCUUCGCAUCUUGAUAGCCUACGGAGUCGCAAACACAUUCUUCAUCCUUCUUCAAUGCCGACCUCUCGAAGCAUCUUGGGAUGUAUCAGUGCUGGAAACAGUACAAGGAGCAAGCUGCCUUCCCCAACCUGGCAUUCACAUCAUGUUCAACAUUGGGUCUGGUAUGAACAUUGCAACAGACAUUAUGCUAUCGUUAGCACCGACACUCUUCCUCUGGAAGCUUAAAAGCUCGCUGAAGGAGAAGAUCCUUGUUGACGCACUUAUGGGUCUGGGCAUGAUUCGGCAUGGCGAAGGAUGCAUGGGCACUCACAAACUCCAUCGCGACCCGGACAGCCCUGAGCAAAUCCUCAUCAUGAUCGCAUCCUCUGCGCCAUUUCUCAAGCCCCUCGUUCAAAGCGCUUUGCACAGAAUGGGCUGGACGCUAUCAGGUACGUCAGCCGGUCGCCCAGGCUACGGAAAUCGGUAUCACGACGUUAGACAGAGCGCAAGACAGUCACGAGUUUUGAACAAAUCAGCGGUAAACUCGAGAAGGAAUAUCUACAGUGGAGAUGAGGAUCCUUUCGCUGCGGGUGGCAGCAACGAUGCUAUUCCUUUGGAGGGAAAGGUCUACGAAAUGGAUUCUGCGGCGCGGGUCGUGGAAAUCCGCCAGCCUUGGGACCAAGUUUAUCUCGCAGACAUCUUUGUCAACUUCGAGGUUGCUGGCAACUUUACUCUUAACCAUGGCAUCUUUGUUGGCGAGACCGUCAAGCUCAAGGCCAAGGUCAAAGAUGUCAUGCAUAUCAAGAAGGGUCUCCUUUGUUACGAGUAUGAGGACACUUAUUAG